CACGGAGCAGGGACAGACCAGGCGCGUCCAGUAGCUUUCAAUACUCGGGGGCGCACACACAUCCAUUAAAAGAGCGGGUCGCACCGAAAAAGAAGAAAAAACAAACAAACAAAAAAGAAACAAAAUUCACGGAAGCAAAACUGCCAUUGUUAUCACCCAUCAUCCAAUUAGCGGGAAGGAAAACCAAAAAUCGGGAAAAGAUUUUUGCUGCCGUUCUUUUCUUUUUUUUUUUUUUGUGUGGGGGGGGGAUGUUCUAUAGGGGACUGAAAUUGAUCGUCUGAUUGGCGAGUGAUUUUGGCCAAUGUUACAGCAGACAUUGGUGCGACAACAAUUAUCUGCGCCAGUGGGUGUGUUUUGUUUGUUGCUUCCGUGUAAAUUGUUGCGAACGGCACGGACAGCGCAGGGCAACUGAUUCGUCGUUUGCUUCUUCUUUACUCUCAUUUUCUGCCUCAUUCACCAGUUAUGUCUGCUGCCUCCUGGUCGUUGGUCUGCGUGCUCUUCUGAGUGUCUCGCCUCUCAAACUGUGUCACAAAAAAAGAGAACCGCUUAAAGUUGGGCGUGUCAUCACACGUUUGAAACGACCAAACAAAACACAUUUGAAAGACAUCCCUCAUUUUUUUUCAUAUUUUUUUUUAUUUUAUUUUGCUUUACUCUUUCAUCGUUGCCCCUCCAUCUGAUUAGGGAAACUGAAUUCGCCAAGUGAGUGUUUGUGAGUGUGUGGUGUGUGUAUCUGUGCGAGUGGGUUGCACGUCCGGUUUUUUUGGAGUGUGUAAACGUAACGCGGCGGUGGCGAAACGACGAUCGCGGAUGUCGAGGACAGCCAGCCAGUCUCGCCAGCGGUGAUAUAUAUACAGCACAAAGUCAGCUGUCGACACGGCUGUCGACGUCAUCGUCGACCUUCUCUUCGUCGCCGUUGUUGCAAGAGAUCCACACGCAAAAAAGAGGGGGGAUCCAAGUAGCAAACAAAAGAAGAAGAAAUUCUUCUGCUAUUUGAUUUUGUUUUUUUUUGCGGCGUUUUUUCCGGCCACAACCGCCGCCAAAACAUCUACUGCAUUCAACAACAACAACAGCAAAAAAAAGAAAAAACCAUUGCAGCAUUCACGUUGUCUCGCUUGAAGGAUUGGAGUUUACCGAAAAUGGGUUGCGCCAUGUCGGCAGAGGAGAGGGCGGCCGUUGCCCGUUCCAAGCUCAUCGAGAAGAACCUCAAAGAAGAUGGCAUCCAAGCGGCCAAAGAUAUCAAACUGCUGCUUCUCGGUGCUGGCGAAUCGGGUAAAAGUACCAUCGUGAAACAGAUGAAAAUUAUUCACGAGAGCGGCUUCACAUCGGAUGAUUUCAAACAAUACCGGCCGGUUGUCUACAGCAACACCAUUCAGUCGCUGGUGGCCAUUCUGAGAGCCAUGCCUAACUUGGGCAUUUCAUUCGUCAACAACGAGAGAGAGCCCGAUGCCAAGAUGGUGAUGGACGUCAUUUCGCGCAUGGAAGACACGGAGCCGUUCUCCGAGGAGUUGCUGGCCGCCAUGAAACGACUGUGGAUCGAUUCCGGGGUCCAAGAAUGCUUCGGCAGAUCCAAUGAAUACCAGCUCAACGAUUCCGCUAAAUACUUUUUGGACGAUUUGGACCGACUGGGAGCCAAGGAUUACCAGCCAACCGAACAGGAUAUUCUGCGAACGCGAGUCAAGACCACCGGCAUUGUCGAAGUCCAUUUUUCUUUCAAAAACCUCAAUUUCAAGCUGUUCGACGUUGGAGGCCAGCGCUCCGAGCGGAAGAAGUGGAUCCAUUGCUUCGAAGACGUGACGGCCAUCAUCUUUUGCGUGGCCAUGUCCGAAUACGAUCAAGUGCUCCACGAAGAUGAAACCACCAAUCGAAUGCAAGAGAGUUUGAAAUUGUUCGACUCGAUUUGCAACAACAAGUGGUUCACGGACACGUCCAUCAUUCUCUUCCUCAACAAAAAGGAUCUCUUUGAAGAGAAAAUCAAGAAAUCUCCUUUGACCAUCUGCUUCCCAGAGUACACAGGUGCGCAAGAGUACGGCGAAGCGGCGGCCUACAUCCAGGCGCAGUUUGAGAACAAGAAUAAAUCAACGACCAAGGAGAUCUACUGCCACAUGACGUGCGCCACGGACACGACCAACAUCCAGUUCGUGUUCGACGCCGUCACCGACGUCAUCAUCGCCAACAAUCUACGAGGAUGCGGCCUCUACUGAGUGCCACACCUUUUCUGCCAGAUCCCCCGCCACUUUACAUAUUGAACUUUCGAUUCAUUCUCCAGUUUUGUGUUCCUUCGUUUAAUUUAAUGUUUUUGUUUGUUUUUUUUUGUUUUUUUAUUUUUUUGGAGUUGGGCAACGUCCUUUUUUCUCCCGCCAUUGGCCGAAAAAAAAAAAAAGAAAAUGAGAGAAAUAUCACACGCACAUACUGAUGACGUCAACACAGACACAAAAUCCCAACAAUUUGGAUCAUAUUUAGCGCAACAAAAGAAGAGCAAGCUCAUCCUCCGUAUCUCUUAUGCCCCCCCGACUGUCAAUUACCUUCCCUUGCAUAUUAUUGUUGUGUUUUAUUUUCUAAUUUUUCUCCUUGGCUCUUUUUUUUUUUUUUAUUUUAUUUUCAAAUCUUUAAUUUUCACUUGUUUUGCUUUCCACCGGAUGUUGUCUGCCCACGGCAGCCAUCAACCUCUUUUCUCCUGUUCUCUGUCUCGAAUGAAGUGAACGCUAGUCAAUGGCCCUCCUAAAUACCUUGACCGUCUCCACCGUUUAAUGCGAAAAGAAAAGCCAAAACAAAUGAAAAAAAAAAAGAAAAGAAAAGACGAACGACAGUAUAAUACCGAGAGCACAAAAAAGGGGGAGGGGGGAUUCAUAUUACCAUAAAAAUUAAAAACAAACAAACAAAAAAAAAGUUGCAACAAUGUCGAGGGCCAGCAAACCCAAGAAGGCGGUGUGCGUGCCGUGUGCACAGGAGAUGACAUUCCAAUCUUUUGAAUAUAAAAAAAAAAAAAGCAGCUCAUUUUUUUUUUCUUUUUUUUUCUGCGCACGCUUUUCUUUCAUUUGUUUUUAAUAUUUUCCCGUUUCUUUAACGCACACGGCGUGACCGAAAAGCAGAGCAAGAGAUUGAACGAACCAACUCGAAGCCCUUUUUAAAUAUUCACACAUUUGAAAACGUCAAAGAGGCUAGUCACACAAAAGACAGAGGAAUUGAAAGAGGAACCCUGAAAUUCGAUCAUUUGUAGUCUUUGAUGUAAAAAAAAAAAUAAUUAUAAUCAUAAUAAUACAAAAUGGUCGACGUAGAUCAAUCAGAUUGGGGGUUACCAUUUUUUAUUUUCCGCCUACAGGGCGGGGGUGGGCAGCUGACAGGCAAUUCAAACAUUUCUUUUAAUUGGUACCCCGUGCUCCUGGACACACUGAAGUGUUGGUCCAUCUCGAAAUUGAAAUGGUCUUGUGUCGUCCUUUGUGUGUCCGCAGGUCGUCCACUGAGCUCGUUAUUAGACAAGUGGCACUUGAAACGUGCGAAGACGGCGACAUUGUUUUGGUUGUUAACUAGUCAAUUAUCACUUGCAUCUAAAUCGAUCAAAUGAGUACUCAGGAUUGGGAAGACAACAAAUGAAUGGCGUUUCAACGAGGGGGCAAAAACUAAUUGAUGUUUACCGAAUGACAACAAUGAUCCGUUCGAUUGUAUUAAUCACCCAGUUUAAUUUAUUCUUUCGUUUUCUCUUGCUUAUUCCUCUUUUGCGUUGUAUUGUCCAUCAUACUCUGUAAGGACCUCUUCUCGUCCUUUAACCGAUCCUUCAGAGAUACGCCCUGUGUAUUGUCCUUUUGUUUUUUUCCUUGGCCGUUUGCUCGCAAAUGUUGCUCUUUAACCACACCCACCCCCAUCGAGCGGAUAAUUAGAACCCUCCCAAAUAAACAACAUAACGAACAAGUAGAUUUGGCAAAGGUUCAAACUCUUCUUAUAGACUGAGAGAGAGAGUGAGAGAGAGAACAACACAAAGUGAAACACUGCACAGACAAACACGUACAUACACAUCCAGCGCAUAUUAAUGCUGCUGCCAUAAUGGCAUAUUGUCCCUUCCUUCCUAUUUGAUUAUUAUUUUUUUUUAAAUUCAUUUUGAACACAAGAAUUUUUUUUUUUAAAGUUUUGUUUAGUUUGUGUUGUUUCGGUCUCCAGCACGCUCGUAACUAUUUGUUCUUUAAUAUAUGUGGAUUCCAUCGUUUCCAUCCGAUACAAUCAUAUGUUUAGAUUCAAGAAGAAGACAAUUAUUUGUAAAACGGGGGAAAUUUCCUUUUGGUUUUGGUUUUUUUCGUUUUUUUGUUUUUUUUUGCUGGGCUGUUGGGACAGACUUUCAUGUAACAGAAAUUGAGAAACAAAGCUUUUAAUUUCUUCUGGGGGUUAUCUUAAAAAAAAAAAGAAAAUUCAAAAAAUAAUGAGAGCUUUGCAUUAGACAAGACACUUUCGAUACCCAACCGUCGUGCGUGUGUGUGUGUGUAUUUGUUAUUAUACUCUAAUUAUGAUCCCCAUAUGAUUGUUCUUCUCUUUCUUCAUCUCCUUCCACGGACGUUUGAAGCCACCCGAUCAACGUAGCUAUUCUGAUAGCGCUUAUUAUUUGACACGGGAGGUGAAAACACAUAAACCUAAAAACGUUACAAAAGACAUUUAAAAAAAACAAUGAUUGCCGUAUACAUAAUUAUAUAUAUUAUAUUUCGCAUGGCGGUCAUUCCGCUUCACUCCUCCUUAUCCAGUAUUUUAUUUUAUUUAUCUAUUUUUUCAUUUCCAAAGUCAAUUUCCAAACGCAAGAAAACAUUGAAAAGACUUAGAGAGAGCGCACAACCAGCAAGUGUUGAUGAGAAUCAACAUUUCGUCAGAGAAUAUGCGGGGGGGAUAUUUAAAUUCAGCUCUAUUUAUACAUACUGUCAUUAUGCGUAUAUUAGAAAAGGGAAAAACAAUUGGCUCAGCACAAAAUUUCUUCAUUUGUUUGGUUUUUUUAAUGAGACAUUGGGUUUCGAUAACUUUUGUAGAUGCUUUUGUGCGUUUAUAACUGUGUGUAAAAACCGCUAGGAAUUUGUUAGUGUCCGAUUGGAAUGGAGGUACAUAAAAACAUGAACCACAUUUAGAAAAUUGAUUUGUCUGCCGUAGUAAGAGAAAAUCGACAAAAAAUCUUGACCAUUGUAACAUUCUUUCCGUCGUCAUUAUGCAUCACGUCCUUCCUUUCCCAAUUUUGGAAAUCUCCGAAACUUGCCCUCCUCAUUGGCCCAUUACGCAUCCGUCUAUUUUUUAUUUAUUUUUUUUUUCAUUAUCUGUCCUCAUUUUUUUUUUAUUUAAAUGUAUUUGUUGUCAUGUAAUCACCAGCAUAUUCGCCGCUAUUAGUUGCGACUUGGAGAUCGAUUCUAAUCAAAUCAAAAUCAUCUCGUUUAGUCGCUGAACAACUUUUGAAUUGAAUUUUACUUUGGGAAGAGAGGGAGGGGGGGACCUAAUUUCUAUACCAAGUCCCGUACUGAAAUCACCUUCCCCUUUAUGAGACAAUAUAUUCAAAACAAUCGAGGAGUUAAAAUGAAAAACCAUUGACACAUUAUUGAAAAAAAUUCAAUUAAAAACAAAAAAUCGGUUAGGCUUUGAAUAUAUAGACACACAACUCCUCGUUUUCUUCCGUACCCUUCUCCUGAUAGGAUAAUGAUUUAAAAUUCAAUUUGUUUUUUUGGUUUUUUUUUGUCGAAGAAUUCACGUGCGUGAUGAUGAUUUCUAGUGUCAAAUUUAGGUGCGCUUUUUUGUCUUUGAUUAUUAUUUAUUUAUUUUUUUUUUAUUUAGAACGAUUUUCAUUGCUGGACGAAUCGACAUCCUAGAUAGCCAUGUCCGCGGUGAUUUCUCUUAUAAUCGACCUUAUUAUUUAAAAAAAAGGAAAAAAAAAAAUGAAUAGAAAACCCAAAUGUUUGUUCGGGACUAAUAUUCCUAGCGUUCUCUGUUGCGUUAUAUAUAGGCUAUGCAUGUAAUAUCGGUCUCAUUUUCCGUAUUAGUUUAUUCAUCCUUGUUCAAUUUCUCCCCCGAACUAGCCAACAACAACAAAAGUCUAUUCGUUUCUCAUGGAUAUCUUUCGUUUUUGUCCGAUCUUUGUCCUCGUUUACAAAUUGCAGUUGGUCCAUUCACUUUUCCUAUUCGACAACACGAAAUGGCAGAAACUCGCGCAAAAAGAUUCGACCCGCUCUCUCUCUCUCUCUCUGGCUCUUUCUCAAUUCGAUAUAGAUCAAUUGCAAACAACCUCAUCACACGAAAAAGAAACAAAAAAAAAACAACAACAAACGAAAUGUAUAUGGCUUUGCAUAACAAUUGAAAUCAUCCGCCCUUUCGAUUUGUCCCUCGUGAUUUUCUCCUUCUUUCCUCACUUCCGAUCUUUUUGUUUCCUCUCUCAUUUUUUCCUGCCUCACCCUCUGUUUGCGUUGAGAAAAAAAACAAACAACAUCUUAUAAAAGCAAAAGAAAAAAAACAAACAAAUCUCUUCAAUAUAGUAUCUUUUGGUUGA